UUAGUGUUUGUUUUGUUUGUGGUUUCUCCGCAAUACUAGUAACGUCGUAGGAACCUAAAACCAUACUCAUAAUUGUGGUAGUUUAUAGUAUACGCGAUGGUCGGUCGAUGUUACUUAUAUUUAAAAAAAAAAUAAAUAGUUUUCUUGUUGAAAAAUAAUUCCAAACGAUAUUGAAUACUGUGCGCGAAUAUAUCGCAGAAAUGUAUCUGAAAAUUAACACAAUACAUAGAUUUGUUGUAUUACUAUAGGUCAGAGUCGAAGAAGGACACUGUACAAUUAGAAACCAAUUCAAAGGAUUGUUCCAUGACUGCUAUGUCCCGUACGAUAUUGAAUAUGAAGACAAAACAAGUUUUGGACCAAAAAAAGGAACACCAUGGGUGUAUUCCGAUCGCUCGAAGACACAAGGCGUAUUCUACCAAGGUGAAAUCGCGUACUACGGAGACGGCGGAUUUUAUUUCGAUUUCCCAAAGAAUAAAGUUGACGCAAAAACGACGAUCAGUGACCUCGAACACGACACGUGGUUGAAUCGCGCCACCAGAGCCGUUUUUGUGGAUUUCGCUAUUUACAACUGUAACAUAAACGUGGUUUGUGCUGUCAAACUAGUGUUCGAAUUUCCGGCGUCCGGCGGUAUAGUCUCGUCGUCUUCGUUUCGGACUGUCAAAUUGUACAGGUACGCUGUGGCCGACUCGAUUUCGACGUUGAUCGGCAUGCUCGCCGUCGUCGGAUUUAUCGUUUAUUUCACGGUGGAAGAAGUAUUCGAAAUCAUGUAUUUUAGAAAGCAUUACAUCUAUGUGUUCUGGAAUUACGUCGAUUUUAGUAUCGUAGCCUUAGGAUGGUGGGCCAUAGGUGUGGCGUCGAUGAUCGUAUCCAAGGAGAGGUCGUCAGCGAGUAUUAGCCCGGAGAAUGCGAUCGCGAAAACCGUGGCGGAUCGCAUGUCCGUGGAGUGCUUGGUAGCAAGACACGAAACCCUCGUACAACUGACGGCUUACUUGUUCUUCCUAGUAUGUGUCAAAGUCAUCAAAUACACCGACCUGAACAGAUCGAUGACCAUUGUGUACUUAAGUGUGGGCAGGUGCUUCAAAAUUGUCGCGGGAUACCUGGUGAUAAUGGUUUUUGUCGUGAGCGCGUUCGCGACUCUCGGUUAUUUCGCAUUCGGAUCACAGGUAAAAGGAUUCUCGACCAUGUAUGAUUCCGUUCUUUCGUCGCUCAGAAUACUGAUGAGAGACUUCGACUACCGGACCCUCCAAGACGUGGACGCUUGGUUCACCACAUUUUUCUUCGUAUUUUUCACAUGUGUAGUGAUAUUCGUUCUAUUGACGAUGCUUGUGGCGAUCGUGUUUCACGCAUAUUUCGACGUGGACGUCGAACAGUCAUUGGAAGGCCAACAACCGUACGUGAGUGACAAGAUAUCGGCAUUCGUAGACCGCGUACUCACCAAGAUAGGUUUCAAGAAAUGGGCAGCGCGACGUCGCUCCGACCGACUGAAAAACGAACUGGAUCGUCGCAUUACCUAUCAGAACGUUUACAAGACACUGAAACGCUGUGGUUUUACAGACUCUGAAGUGGAAAAUAUUCUCAAUAAAUACGGUAUCGAACCACAAAAGACAGUUCACGAAGACGAAGCAAGACAGAUGUUCCGGGACGUACUGAAAAACGAACCGAAAUCAAGUAAUAAAGAUGACAAAGACAAUGUUAAUGAAUCAGAUAUCGAAUGGCAAGUACACUGUCAAAAUUAUUGUAGCCAAGCUGAUUUAUAUAUAAUAUAUGAUUUCAGGUUGAUAAAGAGAGUAGAUUUACUUGAAAAUGUAUUAGAUGACGUUCAUAAGAAAUGCGAUAUUGUCAUAGCACGUCUCGAUGCAAUACGAGUUCAAUUACCAUCCAAUUAUGCAGAAAAAAAUCUAAAAGAUAACCCUUCUUAAAUUAGUAAUUAUUAUAGGAAUUUUUUCUUUACAACAAUUUUCAGCAUACUGUUUUUUGAUAUGCCUACUAAAUUGUAACAAUAAAAAGUCCAAAAAAACGUUAAUAAAUAAAUCAAUUAAUAAUAUGUAUUCGCGCAGUUCAGCGUCAAUUAUUAACAGAUCGUUCAUUUUUAUUUCAAAAUUACACAGAAUUGUCCCGAUUUGACUUGGCAACUGAUAGAUCAAUUAUUUUACAUGUAAAACAAAUCACACAAAGAAAAGAAACAUCAAUAAACGUACUUCUAUACAAAUGAACAAUAAUGAUUAAAAUCGGUAUUUAUAGGUUCUCGUAAUAUUAUGAUAUUUGGCAUUUGUAGUUAUACAUAAAUAUUAAAUAUACAUAAUAUAAUAACUAACUAUUAUAUUUUACAUAUUAGA